AUGUCCGCCUUGAUAGACCGUCUUUGUACAAAGACCACACAUCAUACCAUUAAGAAUGGGAAACAUAACUUCCCAUCAUCACCACGACCACCUUGGGUCAAGGACAAAUUCUGGACUUUCAAGCAACACAACAUCCACCUCAUCCUCACCAAUAUGCCGCUCAAGAUCAACUAG